AUGAGCGCUGCUGAAGCGGACAAGACGCGCGCCGAGGCGCUGCUGCUGGCGGCCAUCGGCGCGGACGGCUCCGUGGGCGACACGUACGAGUUCGCGCUGGCCAACGGCCUAUCGCACGAGCUCGUCGUGGGCGUCAUGAAGUCGCUGCUGGUGGACGCGUUCGUGGCGGACGCCGAGCGCUCCACGUCCUUCUACGUGCUCAAGGACGAGGCGCGCCAGUUCCUCGAGCGCGGCUCGCCCGAGAUCCAGGUGUUCCACGCCAUCCCCGCCGCCGACGGCAUCGACCGCAAGGCGCUGGAGGCCGCCGUGGGCGCCGCCACGCUCAAGGUGGGCCAGGGCGCGUGCAUGAAGAACAAGUGGAUCCGCCUGGACAAGGCGGACGGCAAGUUCUACCGCAACGUGGAGGACGUGCAGGACGAGGUCACGGAGAUGCUCAAGCGCGUGGAGCAGGCGGACGGCGCGCUCUCGGCCGUGUCCAAGGACGAGGCCAACACGCUCAAGCGCCGCAAGCUGGCCGAGGUGCGCACGCGCAAGUCGUACGCGCUGACCAAGGGCGUCAACUUCGCCCUGCAGCGCAAGAAGCAGGCCGCGGGUCUGACCAAGGAGAUGCUGGAGGGAGAGGCGUGGAAGAAGGAGACGUUCAAGCCCUACAACUUCAAGACCAUGGGUCUGAGCGUCGGCGGCGGCCACCUGCACCCGCUCAUGAAGGUGCGCGCCGAGUUCCGUCGCGUGCUGAUGGACAUGGGAUUCCAGGAGAUGCCGACGAACCGCUACGUGGAGAGCAGCUUCUGGAACUUCGACUCGCUGUUCCAGCCGCAGUCGCACCCUGCUCGUGACGCCCACGACACGUUCUUCCUCACCCAGCCCAAGCACUGCCUGACGGUGCCGGAGGACUACUACAAGCGCGUUCACGACAUGCACGAGAACGGUGGCUUCGGCUCCAUUGGUCACGGCCGCGGUGCCUUCAAGCGCGAGACGUCCAUGACGAACAUCCUGCGUACGCACACCACGGCUAUCUCGGCUCAGAUGCUGUACAAGCUGGCCAACCAGCCGGGUGGCUUCACGCCGCAGAAGUACUUCUCCAUUGACCGCGUGUUCCGUAACGAGAGCAUGGACGCGACCCACUUGGCCGAGUUCCACCAGGUGGAGGGCGUGGUGGCCGACUACGACCUGUCGCUGGGUGACCUCAUCGGUAUUAUCAAGGCCUUCUUCCUCAAGAUCGGCAUCACGCAGAUGCGCUUCAAGCCGGCGUACAACCCGUACACGGAGCCCAGCAUGGAGAUCUUCGCGUUCCACCCCGACCUGAAGAAGUGGACUGAGAUCGGUAACUCGGGUGUGUUCCGCCCGGAGAUGCUGCGUCCCAUGGGCCUGCCUGAGAACGUGCGUGUCAUCGCCUGGGGUCUGUCGCUGGAGCGCCCCACGAUGAUUAAGUACCGCCUCAACAACAUCCGCGACCUGUUCGGCCACAAGAUCGACCUCGAGCAGACCCGAUCGGCCAAGCUCUACCGCUACUAG